GUUGCGGCUAGGAGCAGGCGCCACAGCAGGCAUCAUUGCCAUGUCCGCCACAUACCCCAUGGACAUGGUCCGAGGGCGCCUCACAGUGCAGUCCGGCAGAAAAGGCGAGCAGCGCUACAAGGGCAUGCGCCACGCCGCGGUGACUAUAGUGAAGGAGGAGGGCGUUCGCGCCCUCUAUAAGGGCUGGUUGCCAUCCGUUAUUGGUGUGAUCCCCUACGUGGGUCUCAACUUCGCAGUGUACGAAACCCUAAAGGACUGGCUUGCAAGAAUGUACGCGACUCAGCAGCCCGAGCAGGCGGAGCUCUCAGUCCUCACCAAGCUGGCGUGUGGGGCGGUGGCGGGAACGCUGGGGCAGACAGUGGCGUACCCGCUGGACGUGGUGCGGCGGCGGCUGCAGAUGGUGGGGUGGAAGGACGCGGCCAGCGUGCUCAGAGCCGACGGUACGGUGGCAGCGGCACCGCAGUACACCGGGAUGAUAGACGCUUUCCGGAAGACGGUGCAGACGGAGGGAGUCAAGGCGCUCUACAAGGGGCUUGUCCCAAACUCUGUGAAGGUGGUGCCAUCCAUCGCCAUUGCCUUCGUCACGUACGAGAUCAUGAGAGACUUGCUCAAGGUGGAAAUUCGCAUCUCAGAUUGACACUGCAGUUGCAUGGGCAUCAUCGGUCAUCUCUCCUUACAUCCGCAUUGGCUGCCAUCAUGCAUUAGGGGAUGCUGUUAUGGGUGGCACGGUGUAUUGCGGCUCGGCUUGUGGUCUGUUAUGGCUGUUCUCGCACUCAUCUACGGCCAGGAGCUAGGGAAGGAAUGCAUAUUUGUACUGUAGGAUUAGGUACGAUUGCAAUCAUUUUGCAAUUAAUAGACAUCAGGUUA